CUUUGGUGGGGACGGAUGCAUGCUCGAGCCCUCGCGUCUGCAAGUUUUUGUUGUUGUUUUGUUUAAGAUUUAGGCUUAAAUGCACUUUUGACCCCCCUAUUUUCAUUAUUUUUAACUUUUGAACCCCCUUUUACAAAACUCAGCCUUUCAGUCCCCAAACUUACUUACUUUUGGCAAUUUUUGAGCCCCCCACCAGAAUUGCAUAUGUGGAGUGUUUUAGUGAUGACAUGGAAGGGUGACCAAGCUGCCACGUAAUAUAAAUCAUUUAACCCAAUAUUUUUAAUUAUAUUAUUCCAAUUUAAUAAAUGAUGAAGUUUGUUAAAUGGAAUUUGUGUUUUUUGAACCCUAAAAUUGAAACGAGUUCCUCUUCUUCCCUUCUGCUUCUUCCCUUCGUCUUCUUACCUUCGUCUUCUUCCCUUCUUCUUCAUUCAUUGUUCUUCAGUUAGGGUUGGAAUCGCAGCAAAGCUCCUUCUUCUCGUUCGACCAUGUCCCGUUGUUCUGUAGCAAGUAAUCGCAGCAAAGCUUCCUUUGUCCACGGAGAAUGCAGAUGUGGUCUGGAUGCACCCUUGAUGACUUCGUGGACAGAUGCUAACCCAGGACGCCGUUUUUAUGGGUGUGGGAUGUACAAGAUCCAAGGGUCCAAACGAUGCAACCAUUUUGUUUGGUACGAUGAAGAGAUGGGAGCAAGAGCAAAGGAUAUGAUUUCUACACUAAAUCAGAGACUGAAUAGUGCAAAGGUGACUAUUGAAGAAGGGAAGAAAGUAGAAGAAGAGAUGAAUAAGCAGAUUAAGGAUUUGAAAAUAAAGAUCAAGAAUUUGAAGAUUUUGAUUGUUAUUAUUCUUGUGUGCAGUGUUGGUAGCAUUAGUAUUAGGUUGUUGUAAUCUGUAUGUUGCAAGACUAUUGUAAUGUGUCUGCAAGUUUGAAUGUUAGAUGUUAUUUGUUAAGUCAAUACCAAAUUGGUGGUCAAUACCAUCUGUUAUGCAAUCUCAAUGUUAUAUGUUAUCUGUUAAAUCAAUAUCAAUGUUAUCUGUUUAUCAUUGUUAUCAGUCCAUACCAAAUAUUGAACAUACUUUGAACAAAAUCUUCUUCAUGUAAUCUGUACUUUUGAACAAAAUCUGGACCUGUAAUAUGUACAUAUCUGGACCUGUAAUAUGUACAUAUUUGGACCUGUAAUAUUACCAUAAUUGGACCUGUACAAAAUGUAAUCCAUAGUUAACCAUCACACUUCUACUAGUUUACCAUAAUUGGACUUGUACAAAAUCUGUACAUAAUUGGACCUGUAAUCCCUAGUUAACCAUCACACUUCUACUAGUUAACCAUAACUGUACAAAAUCUAUACAUAAUACCAAAUGACAGAAUUGCAAUAAUACCAUUUGACAGUAAUUGAAAUAUAUACAUAAUACCAUUUGACAGUAA